ACCAAAUUUCGCGCGUUAAAACUUGAUCAGAAAUUUUAGAUCUUCCUUAUCUCCGGGAUUGAGCGCGCUUUUCGACUGGAAGUUUUUAAAUCUUAAACAAAAUAAAAUGCCUUCUGAAGUAAAACAAGUUUUAAAAUUCGCAAAGCUUACUCAGAAUGCCAUAACUCCUACUAGAGGCUCGGAAUUUGCUGCUGGUUAUGAUCUUUACAGUGCCUAUGACUAUACAGUACCUGCUAGAGGAAAAAUUUUGGCUAAGACAGACAUUCAAAUUCAAGUUCCUCAUGGCUUCUAUGGUAGAGUAGCUCCAAGAUCUGGCUUAGCUGUAAAAAAUUUCAUUGAUGUUGGAGCUGGAGUUGUCGAUGAAGAUUAUAGGGGUAACCUUGGUGUUGUAUUGUUUAAUUUUGGAGAGGAGAAUUUUCAAGUGAGUAAAGGAGAUCGUAUUGCGCAACUUAUUUGUGAACAAAUAUGUUAUCCAGAUAUAGAAGAAGUAGAGGUAAGUUUUUAUCUUGUAACUUUUUUCCUCACAUGCAUAUAUCACCAGGCCAAUUUUGAGCUCAGAGACUGCAGUUUUAUCCUUGUCAAUGGACUCAUCAGUCUAGUAUAG